AUGACCACCGUGGGUUUCCUCUGGCUAGCGUAUAUCGAUAUCCUCGCCACCGUCUCUGCCAAAUCGCUGCGUGAGAUCACUUUUACGAUAUGCUUUCCCCGCGACGUGCACCACCAACUCGCUGAAGAUAGGAUAUUCCACUGGGCGGCCAUGGAACGCGCGCUGAGCCGCUUUGAGAGGCUGCAGACGGUGCGAUUUAACUUCCAGCUCAACGUGAACAUUAAGGAUGUGGGCUUGGAGGUGUACCAUGCGAAGCUCGCAGAAGCGGGGAGGGUUGUGGACACCAAGUUGCCUGCGUUGCGAGCCAGAGGCUUGCUCUCCUUUGGGGAGGCGCACCACGUCUAUGACCGGUAG